CUCACUACUGUUCACUUUCCAAUCACCUGGCACAACGACCCCACCACUUCAACACCAUGUCUGGCCACCAUGAUCAACAAGUACGAGUACAGGAAACAGAGCCACUCGUCCCGACUACUCUCCACAGCGCGUGCUUCUUCAACGGUUGCAUCAACCCAGUUGUCGUCGGCGACAAGUGCGAAUUCCACCGCCGCCGCGGCAAAUGCUUAUCCACCGACUGCCGCAAUCAAGUAUAUGCCCGCCACCUGUGCGUCCGACAUGGAGGCAAGCGCUUAUGCCAGUUCCCAGGGUGCAGCGCGAACGCUCGCAGCGGCACGUUGUGCUGUCGCCACGGCCUGCGAAGCCGAAAAAAGCAGUGCAGUAUUGACGGCUGCACCAAAGUGGCCCACGCCAGGCAACGGUGUGUGCGCCACGGCGGCGGUCGCAUGUGCAAAGUCGACGCAUGCAAUACUCAUGCCCGCAUCGGAGGGUACUGCUGCCGCCACUCGACCGUUCCAUCCUCGCCGCCCACGUCGCCGCGAAAGCAAGAGUUGAAUUCGAUCGUUGUUGAAGGCGAUACAUGGGAGAUCUCUCCGCGGCCGUUCGAUGCGUGGGAAGGCUACUGUAUUUUGGACCCGGCGCUUGGGUGCUUUUCCGAAAUGGAUGCAUUCGUCGGCAUGGACGACCUACUCUCGGAUGUCCAAUGUGUGUUUGAUGCAUGAUCAUGAUCAUGAUCAAUCAUCGUCCUCGUCUGUGGAAUGUUAUAGUAACCAGUCAUAGUAACCUAUUUUAACUCCGUUGUUUACGGCCUUCCAUUCAGUCUAUGGAGAUUUCCGUCGUGAAUAUAUGAU